AUACCUCUUCAUCGAUUCUAUGUACCCCCUAACCUUUACUCAAACGAGGACAAGCAAGCUCUGGCCAAACAUAUCACGAACCUAUACGCCAGAAGGGGCCUCCCCGAGUUCUACGUCGUAGUUCUCUUUGUCGAGGUUCCCAGACAAGGUUAUUUCGUCGGUGGAAAGGCCAGGGGUAACGCGGACAACGCGUGUAUA